CGCAACGCCUGCCGCCACGUGGUGCUGCUGGUGGAGGGGGUGGGGCGGCUGGCGGACCGCAGUGUGCUCCGGUCGCUGCUGGCGGCACUGCACGGGGAGCGACACCGGCUGCCGCUGGUGCUGGUGCUGGGUCUGUCCUCCCCCGCUGCGCUGUACGGCGGCAAACUGCCGGCUGACGUGGCGGGGCUGCUGCAGCUCUCGGCGGCUGAGCUGGCGCCGCACCCGCACCAGCUGCACCGCCUCUUCCAACACGUACUGCUGGCACCACCUGCCGUACCAACCGCUCCGGCUGUAGCAGCAGCAAACGCCGCAGCCACAUCCGCUACCGCCUCCAAAUCCUCUACCGCUGCCGCCGCCGCCGCAUCAUCCGCUGCCGCCUCUGCUGCCGCCGGGGCGCUGCUGCUGCUGGACGGGGGGUGCAUGCGGG